AUGUCCGGCUCCGAGGCGCCCCCUCCGCCCGCGGCGCCGGCGGAGACCUCCCCGUCCUCGGCGAGGAAGGAAGAGCUGCUGCCCGUGGAGGAAAAGAUCUCCGAGUUAAGUGAAUCACAAUCAGAGCUUCUAGGGAGACUCCGUGGGCUUAAGGAGGAUCUGCUGAGUUGGAGGAGUAAUUUAGACUCCCAAGUGACGAAAUACAAAGUGGAACUCUCUGACAUCAAGAGUGCACUCAAUAACGAAAUAGAGCAGCUUCGUUCAGUAAGCAUAACUUCUGCAUCCUGUAAAAAGUCUGUAACUUUCAUCUUCAGAUUAAGGUUUUUUGGAAAAUAUUGCCUCGUCCAGGAUUUCCAAGAGCUGAGGACCACCCUUAAGAAGCAGCAGGAAGAUGUGUCACUUAGCUUAAAGAAUUUGGGGCUUCAAGAUGCUACCGAAAAUGAUGCGAACAAAGGAAAUGGAGAGGACACAAAUGAGGUCUUGUCAGCUAACUUAGGGAACUUGAAACUGGAUGGUUCUUCUGAAAACUAUGAUGAAAGCAGAGGCUCAAAGGAGGACAAGGUGGAAAACACUGACACUGCUGAUUUUGUCAUUGUUGACAAAGCUACUAAGGAGGCGAGCUCAACCGAUGAACAAUUCAAUGCAGGAAACUGA